AUGGCGGACAGCAGCAAGAUUCAGAACGAUGCGAGGUCAUGGGGAUUUGCUGUUGUGUCGUGUGAUUUGCUGUUGUGGUGUGUGCGUUGCUGUUGUGUCGUGAAAAGUGGAAUUUCCACCUCUUUCAACAGAUUUGUUGAAAUUGGAUGACAUUCAAAGAAAACAAGGAGUUUGUGUUUGAAUAAAGCAGCCACAGGGGUGUCAGCUGAGCUGAGAGACUAUAAAAGGACAUUUAGCAGCAGCUGUGGAACCAUUCGUUCCAGCAGAGAGUCCAUCAUGAGGUGUCUUGUGUUUCUGCUCUUUGUGGCUUUGGCCAACGCCAAGAUCUACCAGCGCUGUGAAUGGGCCCGAGUGCUGAAGGAUAAUGGGAUGGACGGCUAUCGCAGCAUAAGCCUGGCUGACUGGGUUUGUCUGAGCAAGUGGGAGUCAAGUUACAGCACCACAGCCAUCAACCACAACACAGACGGAUCCACUGACUAUGGCAUCUUCCAGAUCAACAGCCGCUGGUGGUGUAACGAUGGCCUGACGCCCACAAAGAACGCAUGCAACAUUAAUUGCAGAGAGCUUCUGACCGACAAUGUCGGAGUGGCGAUCAAUUGUGCCAAGCGCGUCGUUAGGGAUCCCAACGGCAUCAGCGCCUGGGUGGGCUGGCGCAAUCACUGCCAGAACCGCGACCUGAGCUCCUAUUUGGCAGGAUGUGGUCUUUAAAGAACAGGUGGAACCAGGACACUGUCAUCGCCAUAAUACAAUUCUACAAUAUUUAGCUGCAGUGGAUUGAAUCGUUUCGGUUGGUAGCUUGGUAUGUUUGAUCUGCCAGGAGUAAAACACAGUUAGUGAAGCUACAGACAGUUCUUAUUAAACCAGGCAAUUCAAUUCUUUACUUUCACUGUAUUUAGUUUAUAGUUUACAUGAUGUAACAGAUCAAAUCAGUUAAGAGAAAUGUGGUGAUUUCAGCCUGUGUCUGUUGUUGUCUGUUGCUCAUUUUAAAACCAAAUUAAAAUGUUGAUUUCCACUAAUGACAGUUGUUAAAUUAAAAUGAAUGUUAAAACAAUCAAGAGGUACUUGAAGUUAUUAUUAUUCUGCCAUCUUUGAAAGUUUUAAACUGAUCUGCUGCUUUUAAACAGCUGGGCAUGAAGCUUUUAAAUAGAAGACAAACUCAAAUAGUGGGCCUCAUGCAGAAGACAUUUGUACAAACAUUUGUUUUAAGUGGCAUGAAUGACAUUAAAAAGAACUUUACACUUUCACAAAUUUUCUCUUAGGUACAAAUGACUAAAUUCUUGAUUGGAUCAGGCCUGUCAUACCAGUCUUGUACAACAAUGCUAACUUUGUAUUAAAAAGCUCAUAUUUACUGAAUGACAUGAACAUUCAAAAAGACUCAAUGUUCAUGAUAGGUGUGAUGUCAUAGUUAUAGCGGUGUCAUGUCAGUCUUAUGCACACCCCUUCAAAUAAAGUGUUACCAGACAGGGCUGUUGAGUUUUACAACUGUAUUUUUGUUUUUGGGGGUGAACUGUCCCUUUAACCAUUAAUGAUAAAUAAAUAAACCUGUGUUGUUUUUAA